AUUUCGGUAAAGAUCUGAACUUUUUUUAUGAUUUUCUAUGGCGGUUUCUUACAGAAAAGCCCGGAUGAAAAAUUUGGGUUUUUGCCGGUUGAUUACGAUUCUUGUUUUCGGAGCUAUUUUCUUGUUGUUAUUGUUGAGGGCCAAUACGUUUACAGAUUUAAUCAGCAGAUAUUCAGUUGAGAGUGAUGAUGAGAGUUUUGGAUCGAGUAAUUAUUAUAACUAUACUUUGAGUUCUAGUACGAAUUUGAAACUUCCUCGGCAGAAUGAGCUGUCGAUUUCACUAGAGAAGCGUAAUCAGAUGUUGCCUAGGAACUUAGAUUUAUACCCUAAGCUAGCUAAGAAUCACAUAGUCAUUGUGUUGUAUGUGCAUAAUCGGCCUCAAUACCUUGGUGUAGCUGUAGACAGCCUGUCGAAAGUCGAGGGCAUUAGUGAGACUCUGCUCAUUGUUAGCCAUGAUGGUUACUUUGAUGAGAUGAACAAGGUUGUGGAGGGCAUCAAGUUUUGCCAAGUGAAACAGAUCUUUGCCCCGUUUUCGCCUCAUGUGUUUCCCGAUGGAUUUCCAGGUGUAUCCUCGAGUGACUGUAAGGAUAAGGACGAUGCCGUGGUGAAGAAAUGUGUGGGGACCCCGGACCAGUAUGGCAACCAUAGGUCGCCUAAGAUAGUGUCAUUGAAGCAUCACUGGUGGUGGAUGAUGAACACGGUGUGGGAUGGUUUGAAGGAGACGAGGCAGCAUUCGGGGCAUAUCCUUUUCAUAGAGGAGGAUCACUUUAUUUUCCCCAAUGCAUACCGCAACUUGCAGCUGCUUGUAAAGCUGAAGCCUAAGAAGUGCCCGGAUUGCUAUGCUGCGAAUCUGGCACCGUCUGAUGUGAAGUCCAAGGGGGAAGGGUGGGAGAGUUUGGUAGCCGAGAGGAUGGGAAACGUGGGCUAUUCUUUCAACCGGUCAGUGUGGCGAAUGAUUCAUAGGAAGGGCAGAGAGUUUUGCUCGUUUGAUGAUUAUAACUGGGAUAUAACGAUGUGGGCUACCGUGUAUCCAUCAUUUGGGAGGCCCGUUUACUCGUUGAGGGGACCUAGGACGAGUGCAGUUCACUUUGGCAAGUGUGGUUUGCAUCAAGGUCAGGGUGAGAAGGCGGCUUGUAUUGAUAACGGUGUGUUCAAUUUUGAUGUUGAGGAAAGUGAUAAGGUUCCUAAUAUAAAAUGGGAUUGGGGGCUGCACGUGUACGAGCACCAAUCCGGGUAUCAAGCCGGGUUUAGGGGAUGGGGAGGCUGGGGGGAUCAAAGGGACCGUCAACUAUGUUUGGAAUUCGCCAAACUCUAUUGGACUUCAAACGCCGGUGUGGUGUGACAACGAUUGGCUGUCGUGUCUCUUCUCAACAACUAUGUUGUAUUCUUAGUGAAAACAUGCAUAUCAUGGGGGGUUGCAGCAUAUCUGAAUGAUUGUUUCUCAUUACACGCUGUAAGAAAUAAAAUUUAUGCUUUUCUACUUACUCACUCCACCAUUUUAUACGUCUAAUGUAGUGAUUACACGCUUGAUUAGCUUCUCCUUGCAAAUCAAAUCAAUACUAUAUUUUUUCCUUC